GAAGAUCGUAAACUAUUCAUUGGUAUGUUAGGAAAGCAUCAAACCGAGAAAGAUAUUCAAAAUUUAUUUUCACCUUAUGGGCUCAUUGAAGAAUGUACAAUUUUACGUGAUCAAAAUGGUUUGAGUAAAGGUUGUGCUUUUGUAAAAUACUCCUCGAGUACAGAAGCGGCAAACGCUAUCGAUCAUAUGCAUAAUAGUCAAACAAUGCAAGGUGCUUCUUCUCCGUUGGUUGUAAAAUUUGCCGAUACAGAGAAAGAACGUCAAGUUCGCAGACAGCAUCAGCAGAGCACGACAAACGGUUCUUGUUCUCCGGCGUCAGGGCAUUCUACCAGUACAGGGAUGACUAAUGGUCACUUAGAUGGGUCUCAUACAUCAAUGCAACAAUAUAAUCAACAACAAUCUCUUCGAACUCCAAUUACGAAUAUCACAGAGGCGUCUAAUAUGGCGGUAGCAGCGGCCGCUGCAGCAGCCGCGGCUAAUGCAUUUCAACAAUCACUUGUUGCGUCUAAUGUUACACCAGGGUAUUUACAAUUCCCGCCCGGUUUAUUUCCUACCGCUUCAUCAAAUGCUAGCCCUGUUCCUAAUGGUUUCCAAAGUUCAGUUACUCAAUUUACUCAACAGCAACAACAACAACAGAGUCAAGUAGCUCAGCAAGGAUCAGCUUCGGCUUAUUUUAACCCUAUGGCAGCUUUCAUGGCGGCUGCAGCUGCAAUGCAAUAUGCCAAUCCACAAUUAUCAACUGGUAUAGCAGAAAGUCCAUCAAGUCGUUCAACAUCUAUUCCAUUACAAUUGAACACGAUUGUUAGUCAUCCUACAAUCGGUGUUGCUCAUCAGCAUAAUCCACUUACAGGAACUAAUCAUUCAGUACCGAAUGCUUCAGCGUUAGCAUCAUUGGCUGCCGGUUGUCCAGCCACUACUUUACAAAAUAAUACACUUCCUCAAUCUUCAUUGUUCCCUUUGACAGAUGUCGCUCUAUUAUCUCCAGCCGCUUUAGCUGCUCUUACUCAAGUUGGCGCGGGUGCAGUUAAUGGAGGUUUAUUAACUGAAGCUGGAGUUUCCGGUAAUAACGAAUUUAACAAUGCGUUUGGUACUGGUUUAUUAGUUUCUGCUUCACCAUCCACAAUAUCACCGCCGAGUUUCGCCAGCAUAGGUAAUGGUACUACUCAAGGUCAACAACCAGUUUCUAUCUCUUCAUCAACUGGUAGUGUUUUACCAAAUGUUUCUCUUGGUGCAACUGCUAAUAUCUUGGUCUCAUCUCCAGGAAUGGUUACUCCGGUUGCUUCUACACCUCCUACCGUUAGUCCGGCUAUUUUACCGUCACCAAUAACAAAUGAGCCUGUAGGUUUGUAUGCAGCAGCUGUCGCUUUACAGAAUUCAACUGCAGUAGGUCAUACAAAUGCGAACGGAUUACAAUUUCCUCAAUUACAUCCAUCGUUUGCAGCAGCUGCCGCCGCCGCUGCCCAGUCAAUGACACCAUCUCCAGUGAACACUGCACUGAAUUCGUAUUUCACGGAAAAUGCAGCUUUACAAGCCGCGGCGUUAGCUGCCGCUGCAGCCGCGUCUGGUCAGUCGUUUACUAAUGAUCCUAUCGUUCAUCAACUAUAUGCUGGCCUUCAAGCCUACGGGUUAGCUUAUCCUACUGGAGGUGCCGCAUAUACCACUUUUCCUAAUCUACAUCAUCAAGCUUUAUCAAUGCCUGUUCAACAGAAAGAGGGUACCAGGGAACUGAUAUUAACAGGUCCUGAAGGAUGUAAUCUAUUCAUUUAUCACUUACCACAAGAAUUCGGUGAUAAUGCAUUAGCGCAAAUGUUUAUGCCAUUUGGUACAGUGAUCAGCGCUAAAGUUUAUGUUGAUCGAGCUACUAAUCAAAACUAUUCUGUUUUUGCUUUAAACAUGUUUUUAUUGUUUAGUACAUUGAAUUUAAGAGAUUUUGUAAAGAUUCCCCCUCUAAACUUUCUUCACAAUUCAUUAACUGCUAUUCCAUCUUGUUUUUCGGCUUUUUUUUUUAUUUUACCAUUCAUAAAUCACUGUGUAAUUAUUUAUUAUAGUGAUUAUUGA